UUCAGUUUUAGUGAUGAAGCCUCAGCAAAUUCUUUUAGGAAUGAAGAAACGUGGCUUUGGAGCCGGAAGGUGGAACGGAUUUGGGGGGAAAGUAGAAGAAGGAGAGACUAUUGAGGAAGGAGCCAGGAGGGAGCUCCUGGAGGAGAGUGGACUGACUGUGGACACUCUGCAGAAGAUAGGAAAAAUCACAUUUGAAUUUGUAGGUAACACUGAGCUCAUGGAUGUUCACAUCUUUUAUGCAGAUAGUUUCCACGGGACUCCAAAAGAAAGUGAUGAGAUGCGCCCCCAGUGGUUCUGGUUGGAGCAGGUUCCUUUCAGUGACAUGUGGCCAGAUGACAGCUACUGGUUUCCACUAAUGCUCCAAAAGAAGAAAUUCCAUGGAUAUUUCAAGUUCCAGGGACAAGAUACCAUCCUAGACUACACAUUGAAUGAAGUGGAAAUUGUCUGAAAAGAGAGAGAAACCAGUGCCUUUAAAACAUGAUGUACUGGAGCCCAUAUAAGCCAGGGAAGCUGGUUGUUAUACGUACAGCCUCAUUUCAGCUCUGUGUAAUUUAGGCAGGGGUUCUACUGUCUUUAGUUUCUAAGACAAUUGAAUGCUCAAUAUUUGUUUGGGGAGCAAGAGGAAGAUAUAAGACCAGAAAUUUCCUUGGAAUUGUACAUAUGUCACAUAAUGAGGACCCUACCCCCCACACCUCACCUUCAUAUGGACCAGGAGUCACAAGGGCAAUUUUGGUUCUAAGGAAGAAGGGACAGGUGUGGGGCUGCUUCACGG